AUGUCUCCAAAAACCUCUUUAUUUGGGGCAUGCAGAGCUUUGGCUGUACGCACAAGACCAUUUGUGCAACAUGGGAGGGAACCAUUUCGACCGAGGCCAGCGAUCUCCCGAUGGUACUCAGCUGAACCCAAUGGAUCAUCAACAAGACCAGCGGAUGGGCCUUCAAAGGGCAAUAACACAUCGAGUUUGAAGGCCAAUUCGUCUUCUACGGGUCCCGACGAGCCAUUGAGCACUAAGGCAACACAACACCCGAACCAAGCUUCCGAAACGUCACAUAUAGAGACCCUUAGCGAUGCGACUUUAGAACAAAUGCUUUACGGAGGUCGACUUGCCACGAGCAACACUGAGGGAGGAUUGACAGCUGCGCAAGAGGAUGCGCUCUACCGCGAAGGCACCAUCCCUCCUCCAGAAGAGGCGGCAGCCCUCGUUGCUACAGCGCAAGCGGUUGAAGCGGCGGCAAAAAUGUCUACAAGCGAGGGUGGCAACAUACAAAACCCAGGACACAAAUUCGGAUUGCCCAAGAAGCCGUACCCAGAUGGAUUCAACUUGAAGCAAAGAUACCACCCGGUCUUGGAGCAGUUUAGUCGAUUGCUAAUGCGGGAUGGCAAGCUAAGCGUUGCUCAGAGGAAUGUCGCAACGGUGAUGAACUAUCUUCGUACCGCGCCCGCUCCCAUCUACAGCCCGAAGUUCCCCCUCCUACCCGGCACGCCGCCGGCUUCUCACCUUCCAUUGAACCCUGUUCUCUACAUUACGAUUGCCAUCGACUCAGUGGCACCGUUGCUCAAAGUACGGAAUAUUGCCGGUGCUGGUGGUGGUGGGCGGGCCCUAGAACUCCCUGUACCUCUUACGGUCCGACAACGAAGACGAAUGGCCGUCAAGUGGAUCUUGGACAUCAUUGAGAAGAAGCCGUCUAAAGGCAGUGGCAGGAACCAGUUUCCCCACCGUAUCGCCGAAGAAAUCAUCGCCGUGGUGGAAGGUCGAUCAAGUGUAUGGGAGAAGAGAAAGCAAGUACACAAACUCGGCACAGCGGCACGAGCCAACGUCGGGUCCAGGAAACUCAAGGUCAAGAAGAAGAUGUAA